AUGCUUCAAAGGCAGCAGACAUGCCACCACCACCACCACCACCAUCUUUGGUUGUCUAAUCUCGCCAUCUGUGUCGCUCUCUUCGCAGUUGCGGUAACCACAAUGUUUGUUACAGCGGUGCUCCUGACCAUGGCCGCCGGCGUCGCCUUGGUGUCGCCGGCGCCGCUCAACUGCCCGAUCCAGGGGCCGGCAUUCCCCAAGCCGCGCGACCUGGCCUCGUCGGCGACCAUGCAGGCCGCUUUUCGCAACCUUACGGCGACUUUUGAGGCGCAAGCGGCGGGUGAGGGCGGGGGCGACACGUCCUUUUCGGUCGAGCUGUGGUCCGUGUCCGACUCAGGGGGAAAGUCGCCGUUUGAGUUCCACCACACGGCACGGGAGCUGGCGGGCGUGCAAAACAAUCCAGGCGUCAAGCAUGUCAACGGGGACACGGUUUACCGCAUCGGGAGUCUGACCAAGAUCUUCACCGUCUACACAUGGCUGGUCGAGGCGGGCGACAAGGAUUGGAGCACUCCGAUCACGAGGUUUGUGCCAGAGCUAGCUAAGAUUGCCAAAGAGACGGCCGACGAAGUGAAGCGAGACCCGAUCAGGAAGACGAACUGGGACGAAAUUACUGUGGGGGCGUUGGCGAGCCAGCUAGCUGGAAUAAUACGUGACUAUGCUCAAGUAGGGGAGAUGGCAACGACAAUGGACGCCAGCACCCGCGCCGCCUUUGGCCUGCCACCGUUGCCACCGGCCGAUAUCCCGCCUUGCGGGCCGACCCGCGUGUGUGAUCGCACACAGUUUUUCGAUGGCAUGAAUAAAGUCCCGCCGCAAUAUGGGGCCAACAAGGCGACCGUCUAUUCAGACACGGCCUUUCAGAUCCUCGCAUAUGCGCUCGAGCAGAUUACAGGCAAGAAAUAUGCCAACAUGCUCCAAGACUCGGUGCUGGCUCCACUGAAGCUGAACAGGACUUCUCUGUUCAAGCCUGACGACUCGAUUGGCAUCAUCCCGACCACCAGCAGCAACGGUACUGUUGAGACGGGAUGGUCGUACAGUAUUGGUGAAGCUGCUCCUACAGGUAACAUGUACGCGUCUUCAUCGGACCUCUCGCGCGCGGGCCGCGCAAUCCUCUCCUCGGCGCUCAUGAGCCAAGCCCUGACAGCCCGGUGGCUCAAACCGGCAUCGCUCACGUCGGAGCUGAUAGCGGCGGUCGGGUACCCCUGGGGCGUGCGACGCAUCAACCUCUCGCGGUCGCCCAACUACAAGCGCGUGACCGACGCCUACAACAAGGCCGGGCGGAUCGGCAGCUACGCGGCCUUGAUGGCGCUACUGCCCGACUUUGACGCGGGCUUCAGCGUCAUGCUGGCGGGCAGGUCGCUCGUCGGCAAUCCGACCUUCAACUGGGCCGAUACCAUGGGCGGCGUGCUGAUCCCGGCACUCGAGCAGACGGCGCGCGAGCAGGCCGAUGCACUAUACUCGGGCCGAUAUACCGCGACCGGAGGCCUCAACUCGUCGCUCGAGAUAUCGACGUCACCCGACCGGCUAGGGCUCGGCGUCUACCGCUGGAUCAGCAACGGCACCGACAUGCAGAGGGCGGCGCUGUUCAUGGCUAACGGGGUCCCGCCGACAAAUCCGAGCAUUCGGUUGUACCCGACUGGAUUGGAAACGGCUAGGGAUGGCGGUGGGCGCAAGGUGGCGUUCAAGGCCGUGUUCGAGGAUCUGACGGGCCAGGCGACCGAUCUAAUGUUUACCACGGACUGUGGAACCUGGGUCGGGACAACCAGCGUGGUGGUGGGCGAUGUACCGCUCGAUCAGUUUGCAUUCAAUCUAGAUAGCCGGGGCAAGGUGGAGAGCGUAGAGCCAAUGGCGUUGAGGGUGGUUCUGAACAAGGGGUAG